UUGGUUGAGCAUCACGGUCCCGACGACCCAGGUUGUGUGGGUGGGGACGGGGAGACUCUGCUGCCGUCAAACGGGCCGUGGAGCCCGCCUGGCUGUGUGACUACUGAGGUGAGUGAGUUACGGUCUCGAAAGAGUCAGUUAGUCCAUGCAAAGAAGAUGACGCAAUUCACACUACCUCUGUGUCUACUUCUAGUGGUCCUCCUUGGACAUGAGGGAGGAGCGACAGCAUCUCAAGAAGAGAAGGGGCGUGUCUUUCACAAUGAGUGGGCGGUGGAGAUAGAGGGCGGAGAAAGAAUCGCUAGAGACGUAGCAGAGGAAUAUGGUUUCACGUUUGUUAAAAAGGUGUUAUGGGUUGAGCAGCAAGAAACUCUGUUUCACGUGAAGCGUGAUGCGAAGGCCGUGCCCCACGAUGCGACAGGAAGUGAUUACGUGCCACCGUUUAACGAUCCUAAGUUUCCACAGCAAUGGUACCUGGUAUGGAACACAUCAACGUGUGAAUUUGUUCGGACAUUGAACGGCCACAGACGAGGUAUUGCUUGCCUACAAUACAGAGAUAGAUUGGUGGUCAGUGGUUCAUCAGAUAACACAAUCAGGUUAUGGGACAUCGAAUGCGGUGCAUGUUUAAGAGUCUUAGAAGGUCAUGAAGAACUAGUGCGAUGCAUUCGCUUUGACAACAAGCGCAUUGUCAGCGGAGCUUAUGACGGGUGAGUGAAAUCUCUACAAACCUCAACCCCUCCCCCUUCCCCUCGCCCCAUCACUGAUUCAACAUUGCUAUAAUCAAGUUAGGAUCUGUGGCACAGUAAAAACACAAUGAGUGCCCAUAACAGGAAGUACUUAGUAUGAGGGAUUUUUCAAUGAGAUUGUCUGUCUUAGUUGAGGUGAGUCAACAAACAUUGUAGUUGAUCGGUUGGCUGAGAAACAAAUUACUGUCAUUUGUUGUGGUACCCGCUGCUAACAUAAAGGAUUUGAACUGCCUUAAGCUACCAGGCAAUCACAGUGGUCUAAUUGGUUUGACACUGCUCUAGAAUUGCAAAGGUUGGGGGUUCAAAUCCCACUCAAGUUGCCUAUACUGCUAAUACACAUCGUUGUAUAUGGGUAGAACCAAACUUAAUACUGCCAUCCCAUUUGAAAGAAUUUGACAAAAAGAUAUAUUGUCAGAAACAAAAACAGCACCUUGUUCAGGCCUGGAAUUUCAUCUUUGAGGAGGCCACUUUCAUUUUACAAAAGGGCACUUCCACUAGAAAAUCUUUGAAGGGGCACUAUGGCCAAGACCAGGGCAAACAGAGCCCAUGGCAUGUUAUAUAAGGCCAAAGACCUGGCUUCUUUGAAAUGGGUUGCAUGUAAUUGGUGUUCAAAACUUCAUAUUCAUGAAGUGGCUUAUUGCAGAGGGAGCCAUUUGAUGAGUUGGGUUUGUGGAAUUGUUGAAUGAAACUGCUAGAGAUGGCAUCUUUGGGCGUGUAUGAUACACUGAGUGUGUACAGACCUUUCCAUUGUUGCGCUCUGGUAGGCAUGUAUGGGUGGGCAAAUGUUUGUUAAAACACUCAAUCUAUUAAUUGACAUCAGAAACCGAAUUCAAUAUUUAUCAAACUUUCAAACGAAAACACCUUCCACAAUUGUUUGCUUUGUUUCCAACAAAUUCAACACUACAUUUGAAUAUUUUUGUAACAUUAUUACAAACA